UGAGUUUAUUGAUUUCCGUUCGAUAGUAGAAUUCUAAUUUUAAAUUCUAAAAAUUGUAUUCUAAAUAUAUUUUUCAAAUUCGUUAGUUUAUUAUGGAUUCUCCUGGCGUAAACGUAUCUUCUAAUAAUUCCCAAUCAUCGCAAUCAUAUCACAAUGGAGGUUCUUUUGAUCUAGAUGCUCAUGCAAAAACAAAUCUAAUAGUUAAUUAUUUACCACAAACGAUGACCCAAGAAGAGAUGAAAUCAUUAUUUCAAAGUGUAGGUGAAGUUGAUUCAUGUAAAUUGAUAAAAGAUAAAGCAACAGGGCAAAGCUUAGGAUAUGGCUUUGUUAAUUAUACAAAAGAAGCUAACGCUGAAAAGGCAAUAAAUACUUUAAAUAGUUUAAAAUUACAAAACAAAACUAUCAAGGUUUCAUUUGCUAGACCUAGUAGUGAAUUUAUCAAAGGUGCAAAUUUAUAUGUUGCUGGGCUUCCAAAACAUUGGAGUCAACCAGAAUUAGAAAAUCUAUUCUCAGAAUUUGGGAAAAUAAUUACAUCACGUAUUCUUUGUGAUAAUAUGUCUGGUUUAUCAAAAGGUGUUGGGUUUGUACGUUUUGAUCAAAGAAAUGAAGCAGAAAAAUCGAUACAAAAAUUAAAUGGUUGUAUACCUGAUAGUGCUACUUCCCCCCUCACUGUUAAAUUUGCAAAUAAUCCUGCUCAAGGUUCCAAGGGAGCCCAACAAAUACAAUCCUUAGCCACAAACAUUAACAGCCUCAACCGAAAUAGAAUGCAAGGCCCUAUUCACUCAACUCCUGGUAGAUUUAGCUCCAUGUUUCGCUACUCCCCCAUGGGCCCUGGUGCUGACCCAAAUAACACAGCAGCAGCCUUGCUCUCCAAUCCAUUAAUUCCUGGUGGGCCAUCUGGAGGUGGUCCAGGCGGACCUGGUCCUCAAUGCCCGCAAAAUUGGUGCGUUUUCGCUUAUAAUCUCCCACCCGAAACCGAGGAUAGCACUCUGUGGCAACUCUUUGGCCCAUUUGGAGCUGUUACCUCAGUCAAAGUCAUUCGAGACUCCCAGACCCACAAGUGCAAAGGUUUUGGGUUCAUUAACAUGCCCAACUUUGACGAGGCCCUUAUGUCCAUCCAAACGCUCAAUGGGUAUGCUUUGGGAAACAGGGUUCUACAGGUUUCAUUUAAAACGAACAAACGAGCCUGACCCACUAUCUCCUCUACAAACGAUAAUCCACUAUUGAAGCAAAACUUUUGUAUAAUGUCGCGAACAUAAUUGUAACAAUAUUGUCUAGCCAAUUUCACGUUUUACAAUUUAUUUUCCGAACAUUUUCAUUGGCCUGCUUUCUUUUUAGUGAACUCAUCUUUUUUUUUGAUAUUAUAUGAUAUAUAAAAUUUUAUUAGGUCCACUUUAAUACUAUAUAAUAUUCCCUCAAUUUUUUAUACAAAUAUUUUUGAUAUAAGGAACCUCAAAACAUCUUGAAAAAUGAUUUUUGAUAAAAAAAAAAUAUCAGAACAACGUAUUACCUU